CUUUCUUUCCCCUUACCACCCGUCUUUGAAAAUCAUAUUUCUCCUCUCCUCUCUUUCUCUAGUUGCCGUUGCGGCUGGCCGCUUCUUCUUCCGUACUCAGCCGGUCGCGUGAAGUCUCGCCGAUCAACAUUUCUUUGCCCCGCAAAAGCAAAGGCUUCACUGACCGCCAAAGAUUCUCCCAAACCCUUGCCGACUCAUUCACGUCGGCCACGUUUUGAGGCGUCUCCAAGCAAGUGAAAUAUUCUCCGUUUUCCAUCAUGUUUGGAAUCAUCGCCGAUUUGUUGUCCUCGGUCAUUACGAUCCUCUUCCCUAUUUUCGCUUCUUUCAAAGCCCUCCGCUCGUCGAACCCCUCGCAGUUAGCACCAUGGUUAAUGUAUUGGGUGGUCCUGUCGGCCAUCUUGAUGGCUGAGUCCUGGACGGUGUGGAUUUUGGGAUGGCUUCCGUUCUAUAGCUGGUUCCGUCUCUUCUUCUUUUCCUAUCUGGUUCUGCCCCAGACUCAGGGUGCCCAGAUCAUAUACCAGACUUACGUUGACCCGUUCCUGGCCCAGCACGAACGAGAAAUUGAAGAGUUCAUCGGUCGCUCUCAUGAACGUGCCAAGGCGCUGGGCCUCCAAUACUUUUACCAGGGGCUGGAUUGGGUUCGUGAGAAUGUUUUCCACCUGCCCGCCCAACAGGCUGCCCCUCCGCCUCCGGCGACCGGCCCUGCUGCAUACGCUCAGUCGCUUCUCUCUCGGUUCAACGUCCCGACAGCUGCCGGAGGAAAUGCUAAUGCCCCUGCCCAGGGUAACGACUGGCUAUCGGCCAUUGGCUCUGCCGUGGCGUCUAUGACCUCCACCGGUAAGACUCCGGAGGCCCGGGCGGAGGAACUCUCGGCCAGCGGCUCCUUCUUGCCCCGUGACAUGGCUGGCAUGUCUCAUGAUGAGAAGGCCAAAUACCUCUCAAACCAGCAGGAUAUGUUGGAAGUGCUGCGCAAUGCGUUGGCGAAGGAACAGCAAUCUCUGCACGGACGGGACGAUGACCCCGCAUCCGGCUCGUCCCUGAGGAAGAACCGUAGCGACAACUCGUUUGAUCAUAUCGAACCUGAGGACAUCCGUGAUCGGUCCACCAGCAGCAACUGGGCGUCUGGCAUAGACUUUGCGGCGCGAGCAGCGGAGGAAUUGGCUCGGUCCCGCGGUUCUCAUUAAGCGUGAUCCGACUCUUUCGCGCUUCUCUUAUCUUUCGGUCUUUGCUUUGUUAUUUGCUGAAUUCAAAAUGGGUUGUGUGUACGCAGGAUAGAUGGUUUGAACAAUUAGAAACGAAAAUCUUAACUGGCUGAGUAAUUUUUUCUUCACGGGGUAAAUGAGCCUUGCC